CCUCCUCCCCUCUUCUCUUCCCCAACCAACCCUCACACCGGCGGCGGCGGCGCGAGAGCUCCAUUGCUCCCAUGGCUCUCGUUGCCGGCUCCUACGAGCGCUUCAUCUGGGGCUUCUCCCUCAAGACCCUAACCUCCUCCACCGCGUCGUCGUCCGAAACCCUCACCCUCGCGCCGCUCUUCUCCUACCAGGCCCACACGGGCCCGGUCCGCUGCGUGGCCGCGGCGCCGCGGGCGGGGCUGGCCGCCUCCGGCGGCGCCGACGACUCCGUCCGCCUCUACGACCUCCCCACCGCCGCCGACCUCGGCCCGCUCCUCGACCCCACCGCCGCCGUCUCCGCGCUCGCCUUCUACUCCCGGGGCCCCGUGCCGCGGAACCUCCUCGCCGCCUGCGACGACGGCGCGCUCCACCUCUACGACGCCGACGGCUUCGCGCUCCUCUCCACGCUCCGCGCGUUCCCGCGCCACGAGGCCGCCGAGGGCCUCGCCGUGCACCCGUCGGGCCGGGUCGCGCUCGCCGUCGGCCGCGCCGGGGCGCUCGCCAUGGUCAACCUCGUCCGGGGCCGCCGCAGCUUCGCGUGCCGCCUCGAGCGCCCCGCGUCCGCGGUCGCGUACGCAGAGGACAGGGACGGCGGGGAUCGAUUCGUCAUGGCCGCCGAGGAGAAGGUGACCUUGCACGACUCGGAGGAUGCCAGGAUCAUUCAUGAGAUGGACUGCGGCAAGAGGGUGCUCGCCUUUGCGCCUGCAAAGAAUGGAGUCCUUUACUCUGGAGGAGAGGACCGUGGUAUUACUGCCUGGGAUCUGUCCAGCGGCAAGGUCUCCUCACGCAUUGAGGGUGCUCAUGCAACUCGUGUAAAAGGGGUUGUCGUUUUUGAUAAUCGGAAGGAUGGAUCAGAGCUCUCCAAUCUGAUUGCUUCUGCUUCAUCCGAUGGUGUCAUAAGGAUAUGGGAUGUUCGGACAAUUGGGAAUGGAAAGCCGACUCCAUUGGCAGUGGCUAACACAAAAGCAAGGCUAACCUGUCUUGCUGGGACAUCAUUGAAAUGAGUGGCAGAGUUCAAGUGAGGAGCAGAUGAUGAAGCAAAUCAUUGAAGGGCCGCUGUGCUUGUAAUGUGUAGUUCAGUCCACAUAAUGGAUUGGUAUGAGAGAACUGGGAUGAAGGAAGGAUUUAAGCUGGAGAUCUGUCACUCAAGCAUUAGCUGGAUGCAUUUGAAAAUGUAUGAUAGUCGUCGAUUAUACAUAACAUAGUUUGGCUUGAGCGCGUGAACUGAACUCAAUAUGAGAUUGCGUGAUUUGAUUGUACCACAAGUUCUGCAGUAAUGACCAUUUCCAAUGUUAACUGGGCCAUUUGCAUCA